UAUUAGUUGUGAAUUAAUUUUUCAUCUAAGAUACUGUCAAAAAUAUAUUUAUUUAAUUUUUUUUAUUUGUUUUUUAAAGUCUUAAAUAUUUUAAUAAAUAAAUUAACAAUUAUUAAUUUUUCUUUGAUAAAACAAACCAUAUUUUUCAGCUGCUCUAGGAAUGUUUAUUGGAUUGUUAUUGAUAAAUAAGGAAAUUAGAAUUCAGUUUAUUUAAAGACAAAAGCUAGUAGAAUACGGCAACAACUACAACCGUGAAAUGGAGAGCAUUAAAAAUAAACGAGUUGGUUCUAAUUUUGCUGAAGUAAAAAAGGAAGUAGAUGUCAGCAUAACUGAAGCAAGACAAGAAGUUAAUACCAAAGUUGCAGAGAUAAAUGGAAAGAUGGAUAUGAGCUUAGUAAAAAUUAAAACAGAACCCGACUGUGAUAUUGCACCUGCAACAGUUCAUUUAACGCACCAGGAAGUUAAGUCAGUUGAUACCAUGUUGACUGCAAUCAAAGAAGAAAUCGAUAGUGACACUGAUACUAGUGACAAUAAUAAUGUAACUGUUCAUCUUCUAAUUCCAGAAACCAUUUUGGAUUUAAAAACAGAAGAUGAUGUACAAACAAGCAGCGAAGAAAACUUACUUGCAGAGUCGGCAGAUUCUGAUGUGUCGUUGACACUAUCUCAGUUAACUGAAACAAGAGAAGAUAGUAUCCAUUCCAAUGCCAGUUCUGAUAUAAUACCUGAAAAUAUGUCUGCACAAAGUGUUCCCAUUAGAAAGACGAAAAGACAGCGUGGGAAACCGGGAAAUGAUUCAGAAUUUUGUGACCUGGAAAGCCUUGCACCACCAUCUUCAACAAAUGAGAAAGAACCUGCGAAGAAACGCAGGACAAGAAAUACAGGUUCAUUGAAUGCAAAAACAAAUAUUGCUGUUUCAGAUGAUAAUAUUGACCCUGAAAGUCCUACCCCACAUUCUUCAACUGAAUUGAGUGAAAUAGUUAUAGGAUCUGAACAAUCCAACAAAAGAGAAGUGAAGGGAUCUAAAUACAAAAAUAGGAAAGAGAAAGAGAUGGUUGUUUGUCCAUUUUGCGACAGGAAAAUGGUUAAACAUUAUUUUCCGUACCAUGCUCGUGUGCACACUGAUGAAAGACCUUUCAAAUGUCCAAAAUGCACUUAUGAAAGUCGGUUUAAAGGACCACUAAAUUUCCAUAUGGAAUCUCAUCAUCCAACAGAAGGUUAUUUAACCCCAAAAUAGUGAAAUGAAUUUAUUAUAACAGCUAAUUGGAAGAAUUAAUGCAUUACAUGAAUUUCUUUUUUGAAGUUUGCCAUUGAGAUAAUAUUUGUCAUUAUUUCGCAGUAUGUUAUUUACAUAUAACCUGCUUAAAUUAAAUAAUUAUUUUUCCCGUCACAUUUGUUUAAAAACCCUUUUGUGUUGUUAGUUUUCACAUUAAUUCUUUACCCAAUUGAAGUCAAAAAGUUACUAGAAAAUUACGGUCAUGUCAUUAACUGUCAAAGAAAAGUAUGGUCAAGACAUUGAUGGUGGGGUCAAUUAAAUUCGAAAAGGGAUUUUGUUCUGGAAUUGUAAAAAGGAAAAUUUUUUUGUUUCUGAUACGAAUAACAUUUUCUAUUUCACUCAGUUUUGACUUAAACUCAACUCAAGGUACUUUAAUCCCAAAACAGUAAAAUGAAUUUAUUGUGGAUACCAAACUAAUUUGGAACUGUUGAAAUGUGUUAUUUUAAAUGCUUUUAAAAACAAAUGUAUUUGCUGAAUAUUUGCGAUUGUUUUGCAAUAUGUUACAUCUAUAUUACAUCCUGCUUAAAUUGAACAAUUAUUUUGCAUGUUGUAUUUUUCUGUUGUUAGUUUGAAAAAUAAUACAUAUAGUUUGUCAGUUAAUGAUUUAUACACUAUUAAAAAAAAAACUUUUUAUUUUGAAUUAUAGAAU